GAGUGACGAGUCAACGCAUUAUUAUCUUCAUUAUAAAUGUAUAGAGAUAUAUGCAUAAUUAGAAACCACGGAAGAAAAACAAGAAGAAAAGAAUGGCUUCUAAACCAGGAAUUCUCACUGAGUGGCCAUGGGCAUGGCUCGGAGACUACAAGUAUGUGGUAAUAGUGCCAUGGGCAAUACACGCAACAUACUCAUACAUGUUCAAGGAUCCAAGCCAGAGGGAUUUUGGGUAUGUCACCAUAUUCCCUUUCUUGCUAACAAGAAUGCUUCACAACCAGUUGUGGAUUUCCUACUCUCGCUAUCGAACGGCCAAGGGGAGCAACCGGAUAAUCGACAAGAACAUCGAGUUUGACCAGGUCGACAGGGAGAGAAAUUGGGAUGAUCAGAUCAUUUUCAAUGGGAUAUUGUUCUAUAUUGGAUACGCAUACAUCAAAGAGUCACAUAAUCUGCCGUGGUGGAGGACGGACGGCGUGGUCUGGACAAUCCUCCUACACGCCGGUCCAGUGGAGUUCCUCUACUACUGGCUGCACCGGGCGCUGCACCACCACUUCUUGUACUCGCGCUACCACUCCCACCACCACUCCUCCAUCGUCACCGAGCCCAUCACAUCCGUGAUCCAUCCAUUUGGGGAGCACGUAGCCUACUUCGCCCUCUUCUCGAUACCACUGCUCACAACCGUGUGGACGAGCACUGCUUCCAUGGUGUCGUUUGCAGGUUACAUCACCUACAUCGACUUCAUGAACAACAUGGGACACUGCAACUUCGAGCACAUACCGAAACGCCUUUUCUCCAUCUUCCCUCCCCUCAAGUACCUCGUCUACACACCUUCAUACCAUUCCUUGCAUCACACUCAAUUUCGGACCAAUUAUUCACUCUUCAUGCCAUUCUACGACUACGUCUACGGUACAAUGGACAAGUCCUCUGAAACGCUGUACGAAAGCUCACUAGUGAGAAAGGACGACAUACCCGAUCUGGUGCAUCUCACUCAUCUAACGACGCCGGAAUCCAUCUACCAUCUACGUCUAGGAUUUGCGAGCUUUGCAUCCGAGCCUCACAAAUCCAGGUGGUAUCUGUGGCUGAUGUGGCCAGUGACGAUAUGGUCUAUGAUGAUCACUUGGAUAUACGGCCGCACAUUCAUUGUCGAGAGGAACAUUUUCAAGAACCAUAAACUGCAAACAUGGGCUGUGCCCAAGUAUACAAUCCAAUACUACAUGCACUGGCAGAAAGAAUGGAUCAACAAUCUGAUUGAGGAUGCCAUACUCGAAGCUGAUGAGAAGGGCGUAAAGGUUCUUAGCCUCGGGUUAUUGAACCAGGAAGAAGGACUUAACAGAAACGGCGAUUUUUUCUUGAGAAAACACCCUCAGCUGAAAGUGAAAUUGGUAGAUGGGAGUAGCUUAGCCGUUGCCAUAGUUCUGAACAGCAUUCCGAAGGGUACAACUCAGGUGGUGCUCCGAGGCAAUCCAACCAAGGUUGCAUAUUCUGUCACGCUCGCCUUAUGCCAAGGGGGAAUGCAGGUCUUCACGUUGAACGAGGACGACUACAAGAGGAUCAAAGCUAAGCUCAACACCGAGGCUGGAAAUAAUCUGUUUCUCUCCAAAAACAUCCCUUCCAAGAUAUGGUUGGUGGGAGAUGGACUAAGCAAAACAGAACAACUAAAAGCAUCGAAAGGAACCAUGUUCAUCCCCUUCUCUCAGUUUCCCCCAAAGAAAAUGCGCAAAGACUGCUUGUAUAACACCACACCAGCAAUGCUGGCACCAAAGCAUAUCGAGAAUCUUGACUCUUGUGAGAACUGGUUGCCAAGAAGAGUGAUGAGCGCGUGGCGUGUAGCGGGAAUCGUGCACGCUGCAGAGGAAUGGAACGUGCACGAGUGUGGAAACGUGGUGUUUGGUAUUGAGAAGAUAUGGAAGGCCAGUCUUGAGCAUGGAUUCCGCCCCCUCGUUGUGUCUGCUGAAUCAAACCUCAACUAGGCUGCACUCUGAGAUACUAUCAAAGAAGAUAAGAAAAAGAGUUAGAUAUAUAUUGUAUAUAUUGGCUAUUGCUGCAGCCUGCAUUUUAUUGUUAUAGAAAUGCUCAAAAUGCCUACUAAAUUCAUACAUCAUAUUUAUCCAUCCCAUAUCAAAGAAAA